GGGGAAUCCCAGGCUGGUGGGUGUGGUGUUUUGAGGUAGGCCUAGGCUAUCAUCUGUCUCUCUGCCGCCGAUUAUUGUUUUCUUUUUACUAAUACACACAUUGUUGAUAAAAAAGUGCAGUCAGAUUUGUUAUCUUUCUGUAUGUCUCCAAGGAGAUCUUUAAAUCAUCAUGUCAAAAGCGUUUACUUCAUUGCAGCUAUUCAACUCAUCAUUAGCAUGUUUCCAGAGUUCAAAUCUUUAUAGACCAUGCUUGUACAGACUGUUUCAGCGGACGUUAUGUACUGGCAGCAACACACCAAGUGUGUGCAUAGUUGGCAGUGGUCCAGCUGGAUUUUACACAGCUCAGAGCCUACUCAAAGGACACAAGAAAUUAACAGUUGACAUGCUUGAGCGGCUUCCAGUUCCAUUCGGUCUUGUCAGGUUCGGAGUUGCUCCAGACCAUCCGGAAGUCAAGAAUGUUAUCAACCAGUUUACCACGCUGGCUGAAGGAGAUCGAUUUCAUUUCCAUGGCAACGUAAAUGUUGGGAAAGAUGUGUCUCUGACUGAGCUUAGACAGAUGUAUGAUGCUGUAGUGCUGAGCUAUGGUGCUGAUGAUGAUAAACAGUUAGGGAUCCCAGGAGAGCACUUGGAUGGGGUGCUAUCUGCCAGGUCAUUUGUCGGCUGGUACAAUGGCCUUCCAGAAGAUAGAGAGCUCAAUCCAAAACUUGAUUCAGAGACAGCUGUUAUAAUUGGUCAAGGGAAUGUAGCUUUAGAUGUUGCUAGGAUACUGCUGACUCCUAUUGAUAUACUAAAGAAAACAGACAUUACCCAGUAUUCACUAGAAAGGCUUGCGGAGAGUAAAGUGAAGCAUGUUAUUCUGAUUGGUCGACGAGGACCCUUACAAAUAUCUUACACGAUCAAAGAACUACGAGAAAUGAUGAAGCUGCCCCAGUGCCAACCUAUAUUACAUCGCAAAGAUUUUGAACAUAUAAAAGGCAUAGUUGAAGAACUUCCCCGACCAAAACGAAGACUUACACAACUGAUGGUAGACACAGCAUUUAGGCCCUCUGAAGAUAGAACUGAAGAUGCCAUCAAAGACUGGAGGAUGGAGUUCCUUAGAAGCCCGGUAGAGGUGCUGCCAUCGCAAGAUGGUGGUAAAGUCGCAGGCCUGAGACUUCGAAUUAACAAUCUAGUGGGUGAAGUUGGCCGGGAAUAUGCAGUUGCAACGGAUGAGGUUGAAGACAUACCAUGUGGUUUAGUUCUUAGAAGUAUUGGAUACAAGAGCACAUGUAUAGACCAGACCGUUCCAUUUGAUGAUAGGUUAGGCAUUGUGAAGAACAACCAGGGGCGUGUAAAUAACAUGACAGGUUUGUAUUGUAGCGGGUGGGUGAAACGAGGACCACAAGGGGCGAUACUAUCAACACUGAAUGAUGCCAUGGAAACAAGUAAGGUAAUUCUGAAAGAUAUAGAGAAGGAAGUCAUUCACAAGUUAAAAGGUCAACACAAUAUAAAAGAACUUCUAAAAGAAAGAGGCGUACAAUCUCUCAGUUUUGAUGACUGGAAGAUAAUAGAUCAAUUAGAAACAGAACGAGGGAAUGCGAAUGACAGACCAAGAGAAAAAAUAACGAGUAUACAAGAAAUGCUGAAAGUAGUAGAAAAAACUUAAAGGAAGAUCAUGGACACAAUUUUCAAUUAAGUAUGGUGCUGUAGACAGGGGUAGCACCGGUUGAGGGGCUGGCUGGGCCUGGGCAAAGCCAUCGAGGAGGCCUGGUCAGGCUGUCAUGGUGGUGUUGAGGUGGGUAUGGACUCUGGUGUGAACGAUGGGCCAUCUGUCAUGGGAAAAAAGCUAGCACCACCCCUAACUGUAGGUUGGAUGUUAAAGAGUUUCAUUAUUGACCUGGAUCGAAAUCAUGAAAAUGCUAACAAAACAAUUUGUCUCACUCACAAGUGAAAAUAACUCCCAUUCGCUAAUCCUCGUAUUCAGAAAUCAAGGCUGACACGCUGUAUCGGCCAACGUUGCCUGACCAUCCACGACGAUUUUAUCGGUGCUUUGUGUGAAUGUGUGCAUGAACUUCUAUAUAUUGUAAUAUUACGUAUGGCAGUUCGCCAUGUAAUGCUCAAGUUGUUGUGCCCGAUUCUAAAUGUAUGUUCCGGAUGCAAAGACUGGAUCUUCACUACGGUAUGUAAUAUUGUAGUGCGAGAUGAUUUACUUUUAAUAACUGAACUGACUACAUCUCUUCUGGUUAUAAUGCAAACGCUUUUAUUUACUAUUCUACUGCAUGAUAUAUACAAUAUAUACAAGUAGGGUUGUGAGACGUAGUGUUUCCUUCAAGGUAUCAAGGUAUAACUAAUACUUUACUUUUCAUACAAGCUUGGGGUGUGCUGGACUUUCUCUGAUUGGUUGAAAGAUAUCACCUUAUCCUAAUCAUUUGACUAUUACAUCAUUUUGGGGAGUUUCUAUUGGUCAGAUAAUAUAACAACUUUGGGGGUAGAACUUAACUUGUAUUUAGUAACGAUCUGUCUCUCAAUCGAGCUUAUUUUAUAAAUCAAAUGCAAGGAGUUGACCACUUGGCUUUUUGUCAUGAAUUGGCUAUUGUCCUGUCAAAGACUUCAUAUAUAAUAAUUAAGGAGACAUUCAACAGGUGUCCACUGAAUUAGUGAAGUAAUGGGGUAGCAGGCGCGG